GUGUGAGAACACUGAGGAAACCAGCAGCGGGACAGAUCAGCUCCAGACAUGCAGCCGCCUCCCAGAAAGGUAAAAGAGAGUCAACAGGUGAAGCUGCUGUUCUCAGAGCAGCUCAGCAAACUGCAGCUUAAACAGCAUCAGGACACUGAACUGCUGGAAGAGAUCAGGUCCUUCAGUAAGCAGAGAGCAGCCAUAGAGAAAGACUACAGUCAGGCUCUCCAGAGGUUAGCUGUCCAGUACCAGAAGAGAGACUGGCAAAGAGGAAAUACAGAUUCUGUCUCUUCUGGGAGUGUGUUUGCUGUGUGGAGGUCUGUGGUCGAUGCUACAGCUCAGACGGCUGCAUCUCGACUAGCUGCUGUGGAAGAAUACCGCGCGCUGAUUGGACAAGCCUCCAGAAGCCUCCGCAACGCAAAGGACGUCCGAGCAAAGAGAGGCCUGGAGCAGCUGCAGAAGCUUCAGGCCGAGCUGGUGGAGGCUGUGCGGGAGCUGCAGAGGCUGAAGAAGUCCUACGACCAGGUCAGCCACAUCACCGGCACUGCCCGGGAGAAAGCUGCAGACGCCCAGAGCAGAGCCAGAAAGAGUGAACACGGCAUUUUCCACUUUAAGUCAGGACUACAGAAGAUGACCGCUAAGCUGGUUUCCAGGCUGAAAGAAUGCAACGACCGUCUGACUGAAGUCCGUAAUGAAUAUCUGCUGACAUUAGCAGCAGUCAACGCUCAUCAGAAGCACUACUACAGCACGGACCUCCCACGAAUCAUGGAGCAGAUGGACGGUGACGUCUAUGAAGGCUUAAGAACUUAUUUCACUCUGCUGUGUGGGACGGAGAUGGAAACCUGUCUGAGCACACACAAACAGUACAGCAGGAUAUGGGACAGCGUGGUCAAGGUGACCAGAGACAGAAACGUUCAACAGUUCCUGCAGGAAUCAUCCUCCUUCAGCAAAUCACCUGAGUUCUCAUUUCAACCUGCUCAUCGAGACCAGGUGUUUUCUCUGCAGGAGGUUUGUCCCUCUGAUGAUGAGGCCAGUCUGGUGAAGGAGGCCAAGAAAUGGGUCCAAAAGGCUGCAAAGGACUACAAGAUGGCUGCUCAUGGAGAGAGAGCCCUGCAGAUGUUGGAGAGUCGACUGAAGCUUCUUUCAGGAGAAACUGGACUCAGUGUGGAGCAGAAGAUCACAGAGGUGCAGGAGAGCGUCAGGAAGGCGAAGCUCAGCAGGGUGAAGGCCGAGGCUCGGCUCGCUCUGCUGUCAGAGAGUGUCGCAGGAACUCAACGCUGGCUUCAGGAGGCCAUGAACCGGGCCGAACAGGACCUGGAGACGGAGCGACGCCUCAGCGAACAGAGGAAGUCCACUGAGGACUUCUCAGAGGAUGAGUUUGAGCUGACCGACUUCGAGGACUACGAAGACGAGAACGGAGACAUCUUUGCAGAUCCAGCGUCGGCUUCUGGAGUGUGUGUUUACCCUGCAGCCUGCAGAGUGGUCUACAGCUACCAGGCCAGCCAAUCAGAUGAGCUGUCGGUCAUUGAAGGGGAGGAGCUCCAAGUGAUAGAGGAUGGAGACGUGGAGGACUGGCUGAAGGUGUGUAACUCGUGUGGUCAGGUGGGCUAUGUACCAGAGAGGUACGUGCAGCUCCUGUGUCUGCCAGCAGAGGACGCCACUCAGCUGGACAGUUCCUUCAACUCCACGUCAUCCACAGGCAACCAGGAGACGGCAGGAAGCAGAGGUGUCGUCAGAGCGCUGUACUCCUACCAGGCUCAGAGUGCAGAGGAGCUUUCCUUCCAGGAGGGGGCGCUGAUCCACCUGAUACGCUGUCGGCAUGGAGAGGUGGACGAUGGAUUCUGGGAGGGAGAGCUGGACGGACGAACUGGUUUCUUCCCUUCUCUGGUGGUGGAGCUGCUGCAAGAGGAAGGUGACGAGGAAGAGGAGGAGGACCCUCCAUCACCAACCAGGCCUCCCCUGUCCCCUCCUGCUGCUGCUGGCUGUAGUUCGGCUGCCAGCGCGGCGCCCCCUGCAGCCCUGGAGGACAAACUGCAGCCUGUGAAGCUGGCAAGAAGCCGACCAGGCAGUGAUUCUCCAGAACCGUCCAGCAGCCGACUCAGGCCGUGCCGAGCUCCGCCUCCUCCUCCAACUCAGAAGUCUUCAGCUCAGCCCUGAGACGAGACUGGACUCAGCAGGAGGACCGGCCCGGUUCUGGCCUGUCAACCCUUUACAGCAGAGUCUCGGUUUAUCUACUGAACAUCUUGUAGAUGAACUAUCGGAACAUACGGCGUUCAGCAGCUUAUCAAACAGUAAAAAUAUGAAACAACAUGAAGUACUGCAGCUAGAACUGAAGAGAACAAAACGGUUUCCGGUUCCUCGUUUCCUCCCUCAGAAGGGUUUCUUUAUGUUUUAUGUCUUUGCUAUGGGGAGCUGUUACUGUCUGUUAAACCACAGUAAUCAUGCUUUUUUUAUUGUAGCGACCACAAAUAGUCAGAAAAUGAUCUUCAGCUUCUGCAGACUGACUUCAGCAGAGCUUCUCUACGUCGGUCCAGAUGAGAGUCAGUUCAUUUCUUCCUUUGUGGACAUUUUCUUGUCGUUCUACUGAACCAGUCGUUAUGUUUUAUGGGUUACGACGGUUUUGGUGUGUCGUCGUUCUGACUGUGAUUAAAUGAGUCUUUGGUU